GUAACAGCAAGUUGUUUGCUACCGGCAAGCAACCCGUAGGUCACACUCGCCGCCGCUAUUAAUUAAGGGUCGUCCACGAAAUCUCAGGGACAGCUAGGGCUGCGCGUACGUCCACCAAUAGUGCAAGCAUGCCGACGCCACCCAUCCUUCCCUGGUGCACCACCUGCUGUAAGGAAAAAUGCGCAGACAACACGCCACUCCUGCGCUGCGUCGGCUGCAGAAUGCGUCACUACUGUUCGCGCUCAUGCCAGAGACUUGACUGGCCAGCACACAAGCACGAAUGCCUUUCCAGGCCAGGAGCCCCAUCGCUCACAGAUGCAGAGCAGUUAAGUCUCAGUUUUCCCAUCCCUGAGCCUGUCGACCGAUAUCCAGGGCAUGCAUACUUCGGCGGGAAAAUGCCCGAUAGCGUGCGACUAUACGUAUGGAGCAUGAUAGCACUCAUCUACGGCGAGUUUCCGGCCUGCAUGAGCGCCAUCGAAAAGACGUGGUACAUCAAGCGCGCGGCACCCGACCCAGGCCCCGAAGGACCAGUGUUCCUGGACGACAAAGCGGCGGAGUUGUUAGAGAACGCUAAGAGACUGUACCGGACACUGGAGCGCAUCCACAGGCACAUGGAAAACAUCGAAGCGCAUUUCGGGAUAUCUCAAAAGGGCGAUGAAGCGCAACCAGAAACGGCCGACACCAGUGCGCUGGAGGGUAUGGACAUCAUCGAACAAUGCAACAUCAUAUUGGAACGCCUGGAGCAGUUGCGGAAACGAUGCCAGGAAAGGUGGGACUUGAUCUUCCAGGCGCUGAAUAGGGAGACCCUAGGGAAGUUGCGAGCAUUCAAAGCACAGCACGAAAGGAUACUGGAAAAGCUCAAGGAAGAGACGGAGAAACCGGAGAGUGAGGUAGAACGGGAAGCGGUGCGAGAGCGCGAGAGGCUACUAUAUCCACAGUGGCGACAAGUUGGAUUUGGAGGAUGAGGCGAGCAGGCCGUUUGAGGCAUAUUGGCGUAUGAUUGGUAGCGGGAGAGUUGUCGAGGAAAGGAGGUUUUGGAGUAAGGCGUACGAAGGCGAUGGGAGGGCGUCUUUAAGCAUUCCUGGAGUAGGGCGCACCUUUGUGACUGGCGAGUGUUA